AUGAUUAACAUACACACAGUUUUUAAACCUUCAGAUAAUAGUGGGUUUAAAAAGGCUAAAUGUUUAGGAAGUUUAGGUAAUGUGAAAAAAUUACAUUUAAACAGUAUAUGUAUAUCUGUAGUUAAAUCAUGUAAAAAAAAGUCUAGACUUGUUAGAAAAUCUGACAUAAUAAAAACACUUGUUACUCACACUAAAAUAUACAAUUUUAAUAAAUAUAGAGGUGUUAAAUUUCAUAAUAAUUCUUUAAUUUUACUUAAUAAAAAAUACUCUACAUCUUAUAGUAUAGACGAUAGAAAUAGAUUUAAAGAUACUUCUAGUAUAAAACUUAUAGGUAUAAUACCAACAGCCGUAUUAAAAAAUUUAAUUAAAUUUAAAACUAAUUUAAAAAAAGCUAUAUUUAUAUAA